AAGCAGCAGGAACGCGCCAAGCAACGCGCGGUGGCUGACUACAAGCGCGCGCAGGCGGCGCAGCAGAGGUGCCCGUUUUGCCUGGACAACCCCAACAAGCCGAGGCAUCUGCACGUCGCGUACGGCAACCUCGCCUACCUCAUGCUGCCGAUGGCGGGGCGGCUGGUGCCCGGUCACUGCAUCAUCGCGCCCGUCAACCACUGCGCGUCGUCCAGGGCUGCGGACGAGGACGUGUGGGAGGAGAUGCGGAACUUUAAGAAGUGCCUCGUGAAGAUGUUUGCUGCGAAGAACCAGGAGUGCUGCUUCAUCGAGACGGUCGUGAAGCUCGGCGGCGGCGGGUUGGGUGCCGUGGGAGCCGCACUCAGCAAGCACACCAUCAUCGAAUGCAUACCCCUCCCGGAUGAUGUCGCCGAGCGCGCGCCCAUGUACUUCAAGAAGGCGAUCGACGAGGCAGAGUCAGAGUGGAGCACGCACGACAGCAAGAAGUGCAUCUCGACGGCGCCUCCCAAGGGUCUGCGAGGCGCCGUGCCGCCAAACUUCCCUUACUUUCACGUUGAGUUCAACAUGAAAGGAGGUUUCGUGCACGUCAUAGACGAUGAUGAUAAGUGGAGGGUGGACUUUGGGCGGGACGUGCUCAUCGGCUUACUCGACCUGCCUGAGAACACCACGCAAGCGAAGAAGCGACCGCUACCCCCGGCGGUGCUCAAACGGGAGAUGGAUCAGUUCCUGGACAUGUGGGACCCGCACGAUUGGACCAAG